AUGGAAGCCCUAGCUCAGGACGGCUUGAUGGGGCUCUGCCUUGAGACAUAUGGAAACUCGCCAGAUAGUAUUGCCGAGAAUGCGAUAAAGGCAGAAAUCAUGGCAAAAAAGGACGAUGACAAGCACCAGCAUCAAGGUGCGAAGGAUUUUCUGGUCUACGCAAAUAUCAGCGCACCGUGGUCUACCUUUAUUCGAGAUAGCCAGCAUAGAGGGAAGAGUCAUAGCUUGUCCUGCACGCUCGAGAAUUCGCUCAUGGUAUCGUCGAUUGCAGGCAAGGUUGCCACGCCGCUGGCUGAAUUAGUUCUGUGCCGUGACAACUUCAUAGGUAUCGAAACUGGUCAGCUAUGCGAAGCUGUGUACUUUUGUGCUCGUCUGGCGUCACUGUUCACGUGCUGGUUUCACUCAGCAACUUCACCCCUCCACGCUAUGUCUCACUCUCAUAUCAACGUCCGGAUUGUCACUAAAGUCCUCCGCGACAUGGCUGAAGGUGGCAAAGCGUUCGAUUUCAAGGAAUUCAAAUCCCUGUUGGACUCUCACGGCUAG